AUGAUGCCCAGCUUCCUGACCGAGGGCCGCCCGCUCAGCGCCGUCUCCUCCGUCGUCAACAGAUUCGGCCUCUUCGACUCCAAAGCUGAGCCCGAGGCGACGGCGGCCCGGAGCCAGGGAGAGACGCCCGGGGCAGCGGCUGGUGGGCGGCCGGAGGGCAGUCCGGCCCCGGCCGCAGCCCCGCGGACAGCACCAUCGGCCGCUUCAGCCUCGGGUUCACGGACAGCGACUCCAGCCGCUUCAGCACCAGGGACAGCGACUAGGGCGGCUCCCGGCCCGCGGGCAGCGACACCGGCCACUCCAGCACCGCGGACAGCGACUCCAGCACCGCGGACAGCGACUCCAGCACCGCGGACAGCGACUCCAGCACCGCGGACAGCGACUCCAGCACCGCGGACAGCGACUCCAGCACCAGGGACAGCGCCGCCACCGAAGGGGAACCUAUGCCCGGUCUGCACCAGCACCGAGCUGCGGUUGCAAGAGCCAGGCAGCUACGGCCGAUGCACCGCGUGCCAGCGCCUGGUCUGCAUUCAGUGCGGUUUCAACCCCAACCCGCAUAUCACCCAGGUCAAGGAAUGGCUGUGCCUGAACUGUCAGAUGCAGCGAGCUCUGGGCACGGCCUCAGCCCCAACCCCUGGCACCAAGCCGGGCACUCCUGCCUCUGUCCCACAGGUCAUCAAACAAGGACAAGCUCAACAGAAGGACCCCACACACAGGAUGGACCAGGCCAAGCCACUGUCACAAACUGGAGCCAGGAAACAGCCACUGCUCACCAAGCAGAAGUCAAUAGCUGCAUCUCCACCACAGAAACACAAACAGGCAUCACAUGGGUCUCCAGAACAACAAGCAGCCCAGAAACCCAAGCCCCUUAAACCACAGCAGGUUAUUCCCACCACUGCAGCACCAGACACCUCACAGGCAUCACCCGGAGUCCAGCAGAAAGGUUCCAAACAGACCAGACACAUGGAACAAGCUCCAGCACAAGAGCCUGUGGAGAAACAGAAAGAUUCUGAUCUGAGAAAGCAGCCGCAACAGUUGAAAGCAAAAGGAGAAUCUGCUCCAGGGAAAGAGGUUGUCCAGAAAGAGGAGCAGUCAAGGCAGGGGCAGAAGCCAAGUCCAGUGGUCACAGUGUCCCAGGAGAAGCAGACAGCCGCUGAACCACCCAAGCAUCCUUGCCCCAAAGAAGAACAAGGGAAACCUAGUCAGAAACAAGCAGCUACAAAGCCACCAUCUUCACAAAUCCCUCCAGAGAGUCAAAAACCGCCAAAACCUCCAGAACAAUCGAGGCGUUUCAGCCUGAACCUGGGAGGUUCUCCCCAACCUCCACCCUUCCAGCCCACCACUCCUCAGGAGAGUGUUACAGGAAAGCUCUUUGGUUUUGGGGCGUCACUGUUUAGCCAGGCAUCCACCUUGAUCUCUACAGCCCCUUCACCUGCAGACCAACAGAAGCCUGGGACCAAGCAGCAACCUGCACCUCCACCCCCCACGCCACAGAAAGGGUCAAAGCCCGACACCAGUAAAGGGGAAACUAUGCCUCCAGCUGCGGAAAAACCAGAGCAAAAGGCAGCUGCGGCAACUCACAGCACAAAGGAGACGGGACCAACCAAGAAACCUGCAGCCACUAAACUAACGGCUGACACACCUGGCAAGGUGGCCAAGCCAGCGGAGGGCGGAGCAGGAACUCCAGCUGGCACCUCCUGCCCUCUUUGUAAAACCGCCCUGAACAUUGGUUCCAAGGCUGCUCCCAACUACAACACAUGCACAGAAUGCAAGACUAGAGUCUGCAACCUCUGUGGAUUUAACCCACGGCCACAUCUGACACAGGUUGUGGAGUGGCUCUGCUUGACCUGCCAGACUCAGCGAGCACUUAGUGGACAACUCGGAGACCCUGGGAAAAUGCCUCCUUUGCAUCCAAUGUCAACUAAUGCCCCAGGAAAGCAGCAAUCACCGGGCCUCCCUCCUCCCAAACAGCAACAUUCCCAGAAAGGUCAACCUUCACCCUCACAGGCAAAAGAAACUGAGCAGAAACCAGCGGGGACCUCCCAAACAGCAGAGACUAAGGACACAGUCCCGGCCAAACCAUCAGAAACAGCACCUGCAGUCAGACAAGGCAAAGCACUGGUUCAGGAGGCACAGACCCCAAAACCAGGCUCUGGAGAACAGUCCCAAGCUGCACAACAGAAGCAGGCUCAGUUAAUUCCUGAGCAAACAGGAGGUGCUGAGAAACCUGGCGCAGCGGUGCCUACACCCAGUGACAAAGUGCCAGCAGUUGAAGUAAAGGAGGUAAAGGCUGGACAAACGUUGGCCACAACAGGACAUUCAGAAUCGCCACCUGAAGCCACAAAUACACAGACUGAACAAGUGAGAAAACCCGAACCAGUGGAGAAUGCAAAAGACAAAGUGACAGCCGAGGAUGACAAAUCUGACUCAUCAGCACUACUGCAGCAGAGGAGUCCCCAGGGUAUGAGUGACACAGGCUAUUCAUCUGAUGGGAUAUCGAGCUCUCUGGGUGAAAUUACAAACACUCUCCAAAGCGAAGAUAAAGACUUGCUCAAGGAGCCAGUGAAGAAAGAUUCCGUUUCCCAGGAAAGUAGUCCAUCAAGUCCUUCUGAUCUUGCCAAGUUAGAAAGUACUGUACUUUCAAUCUUAGAAGCUCAGGCAAAUACACAAAACAAUGCCAAGCCAGGUCAGUACAAAGAUCCUUAUGGACUUUAUACUGACCAGGAAAGAGAGCACCACAGGCCAAGGACCCUGCCAAUUACUCCUGAAUCUUACAGCUCAGAUGAAGAGGAUCUAGAAGACAUUCAGGAAGAGGAUGAAGAAGCUCUGGAGAAUGAGAGUCGUGCGGUUACGUUGCAUAAAACGGCGGCAAGAGAAAGCUGUAGUUCUGAGGAGGUAGUGGUCAGGAAGCAGAGGUACGAUUCUCUGGAGGACAGUAGUGAGAGCGAGCUCUCGCCCAGGCAACACCGGCAGAGAGCCAUCAGCGUUGGAUCGUCAAGCAGUGACAGCCACGCAUCUGGUGAUGAGGAAGAAUUCAUUCGAAAGCAGAUUAUUGAGAUGAGUGCAGGUGAAGAUGAAUCAGGAUCUGAUGAGGAUGAAUAUAUUAGGGGCCAGUUGAAAGAGAUUGGCAAAAAAGACCAUCCAGAGACCAAAGGGCCAACUGCUAAGCACAGGCGACUUUCAAAGAAAAGCAGCACAAGUCAUGAUGAUGAUUCAGGGCGACGGCACUCGUGGCAUGACGAUGAUGAUGAUGAAGUCUACGACGCAAGCCCUGAAGCCAAGUACAGAGAGACGAAAAGUCAGGAAAAUGAGGAGAUGUCUGUCUCAGCUGGUGGAGGUCUUAGACGUUUUAAAACUAUUGAUUUGAACAGUUCUAUUGCAAAUAAGUACACAGAGGAUUCAGAAAAAAAGGAUGAAAUGUACUAUGAUGAAGAACCAGAGCUGGAGAUGGAAAGUUUGACAGAUUCACCAGAAGACAGGUCAAGAGGAGAAGGUUCAUCCAGCUUACACGCAACAUCCAGCUUCACCCCUGGUACCUCACCCACUUCAGUGUCAUCUUUGGACGAAGACAGCGACAGCAGUCCAAGCCACAAGAAGGUCCUUGGAGAGAGUAAACAGCAACGCAAGGCUCGUCACAGAUCACAUGGUCCUCUGUUGCCAACCAUUGAAGAUUCCUCUGAAGAAGAAGAAUUGCGGGAGGAGGAAGAACUUCUGCGAGAACAAGAGAAGCAACGAGAAUUGGAGCAACAACAAAGGAAGAGUUCAACAAAGAAAUCCAAGAAAGAUAAAGAUGAGCUGAGAGCUCAGAGAAGGCGUGAGCGUCCAAAAACUCCUCCCAGCAACCUGUCACCCAUUGAAGAUGCCUCCCCCACAGAGGAACUGCGUCAAGCUGCAGAAAUGGAGGAGUUACAUCGGUCUUCAUGCUCAGAAUAUUCACCAAGCAUGGAGUCUGAAUCUGAAGGCUUUGAAAUCAGUCCAGAAAAAAUAAUCGAAGUGCAGAAAGUUUAUAAACUGCCAACAUCAGUUUUGUUGCAUUCUCCAACAGAUGAUAAGUCUGGCAACAUUAUGGAAGAUGCGAUUGGUCAGAAGUCUUUGAAAAGUGCAGAUGAAGCGUAUGAACAAAUGAUGCAAAAAGCAAAAUUACUUCAGAAUCAGAAAGGAGCGGACGAAGUAUUUGAGAAAGAGCCUUUAUAUGGGGGCAUGUUAAUAGAAGAUUAUAUCUACCAAUCUUUAGUUGAAGAUACGUACAAUGGAACUGCAGAUAACCGUGACUUACAUUCGGGGCAGCAUCCUGCUGCAGGACUGUUCCAAGAUGGUGAAAAGAAAUUAAGAAGUCCCGAUGAAAUUUAUGAGGAAAUAAUGCGAAGGUCUCCCGGUUACAGUGACGCCAGGCAGUCCUGCCAGACGCAAGCUUCUGUUGGGAACAUCCAGCGACAACAAAUCACCACUGUGCAGCCUGGCAGACAGACCAUUGUUACACAUUCCUCAGGGGCUGCUGAAACUUCCCCAAACAUGGACAGGCAGUUGUUAGAUGCUGAUGCUGCGUAUGAGGAGCUGAUGAAGCGGCAAAGGGCGCUGUUAACUCCGGGAACCAGCCCAACGCAACCAUGCUCCCCCCUGUCCCCAGUGACGACUGAUGCCGACCACAUUCCUGGAGCAACAUUCCCACCGGCUUCUAGCAGCGUGGGCUACGAUGCAAUGACCUCAAUGCCACAUUCAGACGCAGGGGCCACCCAGACGGUGGUGACGGGCAGUGUUGUGCAUUCUAUCCCAGACGUUAGAAUUACCCAACACUUCACAGAAGAGGACAUUGAAACAGAAUUCCCAGAUUAUGGUGCUGAUGAAAGACCGGAGAUGGUGAAGCAGAGCAAACCGGAGACGACGGUCAUCUCUGUGGCACCGAGCAGCACCACACCGGCAACGUCUACUUGCACAAUUCCCUCAACCAUCACCACAACUGGGAUCUCUCCAGUUUCUCACACUGUGCCAGCUUUGGCAACAGAUUUGGUUGCUGUUGGUAAAGCCACAAGUGAAGAGAUUGCCACUGUAGCACCCACAUGUACUACAGCCAGAGUAACAAUGAGUCCUGUAACUGGUGUGGUGGGUAGGACUUCUCAUGUCCAUCCUGUUCCAGUCAGUGCCCCUGUGGAUCCUGCAAACAUGUCACACCAUGUGGUCAUUUCUGUUCCUCCUGGUCAGGACAGUUCCCAGACUCCCACCUCCACUCUGGCCUCAUCACCACAGGUCAGACCAUCCACUGCAGCCAAUCAUUAUGCCAAGGUUGGCCCUUCGGUAAGUGUGACUAUAUGUGGAAGCUCAGGUGUAACACAGCCUACAUCAAAAGCGAUGCCACCAUCCAUUCGGUCAGGAGAUGGAAAACUCACAACUGCCUCAACUACUGCAUCCAUCUCCUGCUCCACAGCCCCGCAAGUCCCAUACACCACAGCCUGGGAUUGUACAGCAGGCUCAUUUAUCACGAGACCAGCACUGUACUCUGCAAUGGGCACACCUCUCCCACCUCCACCUCCACCUCCGCCUCUCCCUCCACUAAUGUUUCCAAAGCCAUUUGCCAUCCCAAGGAAGCCAUGCAUGCCUCAGGUUCCCAUCUGUGGAAUGGGUUACCCCAUAUACACUGGUGUUAGAACAGGUGUGUCUAAUAGUGUAAAUCAAAGUAGUGUGCUGGCCGACAGCCGAUUCUACCACCCCCCACCGCCCCCCGUCCCUCCAAAACCAGCCAACAUUCCCUCUGCCAUGGUGUUCCCCACAAGGCCAACAGAUGGAAUACGACCUGCCAUUCCUCCAAAGCCUUCACUCUCUCACCUCCCUCUCACUGAACACAAACCAGGUGGAUUACUGCAUAAACCUCCCUCCUCAACAGCAACCUUGUCUUUGAAGCUGACUUCUCCAGGAGACUUUAGACCCAUCUCACCCACAUCCCCCCUGUCCCCGUACUCAAACAGAGCUUCUCCCAAGUUGACUCUUCAUUCACAAGCGACCUACGUAGUCAUCACCUUACCAUCGGAGCCGGGCACACCAACAGAAUCUAUCACCUGCCAAGCAUCACCUGCCCACCUGUGCACCACCUCGACAAAAUCACCCGCUCUCGCCCCGUUACCGUCCACUCUAUCCUUGGCUCACUUCACGCAGUCUUUAGAAAGAAAGGAAAUAGUUGAAAAGGGGAAGACAGAGACUGUAUAUUUUUAUCAGAGUUUGGCGCAGGGUGUUAUAUCAACGGUGGCCCGUGAGCUGUCGACCGAGGCCACACAGGUGCCGGUAUUGUACAACACGAGUGUCUCCAUCUCCAUCCCCCCGAACGAUAAAUAUCCAGAGACUUCGCGCCUUCAGGGAACCGACAGCUCCCUGGACCAAGGGCCAUCAGCCAGUGAUGUGAUAGAUCUCCGCACCUUGGCAUCUCUGGACUCGGCCAUGACCACCAAAGGUAUGGACUUGUCCACGUUACCGGCAGACGGGCGGAGGCAGGGGUCGGCGGUGGAUGCCGGCACUGGGCGACUGAGCACCGUAGUUCAGCCCAACAUCGUCAACCUCAGCACCGUUGCAGCAGCGGAACAAGUGGCAGGUUGCAGAACUGUAGUGGGUUCAGCAUUCACUGCAGAGCCAUGCGAGAGGCCGGUGGAUCUGGUACAUGCGGCAUCAUUGCCUCUGCAACUGACAGCCCGCCUUGAUCCUGUGCCGGCUACUCGUGGCCCGGUGGCUGGAGUCGGCGUGGCGGAGGUCCCCAUUAACCUGACGUGUAGUUCCACCGCCCCGGUGCAGGGCUGGCCUGUCCCAACACCGCUCACUUUGGCCCCCACCGGGACCACCAACGGCUGGACGGAUGGAGACGUGCCUGAGAUCGCAGCCGUCGACCUGAGUACCACCAAGCCUCAGAGGAUGAUGGUGUCUCUGGAUGAGGGGACUUCGGGCAUCGUGACUGCGGUAGUGGGAGUGGAUGACAGGCCAGUUGACCUCACUGCUGGACGGCAGAGUGUUUGCUGCGAUGUGGUUUACAAGCUGCCCUUUGGCCGCACUUGUUCCUCUCUGGAACCCGCCUCUGUUCUACCUGAAGACCGCUACGGUUACAGGGAUGACCACUACGCCUAUGACCGCAAUGGUUCCCGGGGAUUCGGCAACAUGAAGCCGUCUAUGUCAGACACCAACCUAGCGGAGGCUGGCGUGUUUCAGUACCGGACCAAGUACAGCUUCAAUGCCGCAGAUGCAGCUGUGGAUCUAACUGCAGGCAAACUGACAUCAGGUGAACUAAUGGACUAUUCUGCAGUUUGUACCCAGCCUCACGAACACCUGAGUCAAGGAGCGCUGAGCUAUCCCGAGACGAGACAGCUGAUUGCAGGCACUGCCCCUCUGCCCCAGUACUCGCAGGCAAGAUUAAUAGCGACCAUGGGAGGUCACCACGGCAUGCCGAGUAUGCUCAGGUCUUCUGGCGGGGUGGUUUAUUCUUCCGUGGCAACUCCAAUUCCAUCCACGUUUGCAAUUACCACCCAGCCCGGUUCAAUAUUUAGCCACCCCCUUGGUCUUCAUGGCAGUGAGAGCGGUCUACUAGGGUUAGACACAGCGACCUUCCAACCCGCGGGCCCGGACCUACUGCAGAGCGGACCCCAUAUUGCGGCCACGUACCCCGAGUCUGCAGGCGCCCCCUACUUGCACGAAGCUGAUUAUUUGCAGGAUCCUGACAUCGACCCGACUACAAUCCCCCAGCUCUCCCCUCUCGCGUCGCCCGGGUCCGAGGAGAACAAGCAUCUGCUGAUGGAACGGGAGAUGCUGGAGUUUGAGAAGAUGAAGCAGAUCCGUUUGGCCGAGGAGCUGGAGCGGGAACGACACGAGAUCCAGAUCUUCCGCGAACAAGAGAAGAUGAUCGUGCAGCGGGAACUCCAGGAGCUACAGACGAUGAAGCAGCAACUGCUGUUCCAGCAGGAAGAGGAGAGGCAGACACAGUUUAUGAUGCAACAAGAAACUAUCGCCCAGCAGCAGAUCCAACUGGAGCAGAUCCAACAGCUACAGCAUCAACUGCAGCAGCAACUGGAGGAACAGAAGAUCCGCCAGAUCUAUCAGAUCUACGACUCCCCUACGACCCAGACCACAUCCACCAGCGCAGAGAGCGGGGCAUACUGGCAAACUCAGGACGCGAAUGUCUCUCCUCUAAUGGGCCACGAUGUACCACAGAGCCAGGCCUGGUACGAUGGUGUUCCUCAGCACACGCCUCGCCAAUGUCUACUCAGCUCCGUGUCUGAAAUGUCUCUGAAGGACGUUGACGCUAGAGAGGGCAGGCAGCUGAGAAAGAGAAGCUCGAUGCCGAGGCUGCGCGCCACGGAUAGCCCAGAGGAAAGUUUACAGGACUCUAAAUCAUACAAGAAAAUAGUGGACAGUGGUGUCCAAACUGACGACGAAGAAGCGACGGAGAGGUCGUACGCAACCAGAAGAAGAAGGUCGAAGAAGAGCGUGGAUUCGUGCGUGCAGACGGACGAUGAGGACAAUGCAGACGAGUGGGACAUCCCCAACAGGAGACGCAAGUCUCGAGUGGGGAAGUACACGGAUAGCGGUGCUGAGGUGGACAAAACAAAGCGUCUACAUUUCGCCAAAUUCUCCAACAUUUCAGUACAGACCGUCGCUGAAAUUUCCGUGCAAACAGAACCUGAAGGAAUAAUAAAGACGCCCUCAAUAAGGGCAAGGGUCGAUUCCAAGGUAGAGAUUGUGAAGCACAUCUCUGCUCCAGAGAAAACAUAUCGAGGUGAAAGUUUAGGGUGCCAGACGGAGGGGGAUUCUAAUGGACAAAGCCCCCCAUACUUGAGCAGCACGGUGGUCGGCACAAUAUCUCCACCUAAACCUGACAAGAAACGCCCAACGCCGCUAGAAAUUGGAUAUGCCAAUCACCUUCGGGCUGAUUCCUCCUUUCAAGUUGUCCCCUCCCCUCCCAAAUCUCCCCAGGUGUUGUACUCCCCUCUUUCGCCCAUGUCUCCAAACAAAGGCCUGGAAACCACCUUCGAGUCCGCCGACAUCAUCUCACAGAAACUGGCGGCUCCAGAUGUAUCCAUGAGUCAGCCGCUCAGUCCCCGGACUAUCAAGGUGAUGCAACGGUCCAUGUCUGACCCUAAACCUCUCAGCCCCACAGCGGAAGAAAACUCUCGGUUGCACUUCCAAUAUAGCGACAGCUACGCGACCAAAAGUUCUCAAAGUGUCACACCAGUGGGUAUUCAGAAAAAAGUGAAGCGCACUCUUCCCAACCCUCCUCCAGAGGAAGCUGGAGCAGCCUUGAGCCCGGCCACCUAUUCCAGUGUUGGUUCAGCUUCCCGCAGGCGUGUGUGUAGGACAACCACCAUGGCCAGAGCGAAGAUCCUGCAGGACAUUGACAGGGAACUGGAGCUGGUGGAAAGAGAAUCUUCCAAACUCAGGAAAAAGCAGGCGGAACUGGAUGAAGAAGAGAAAGAAAUUGAUGCCAAGUUACGGUAUUUGGAACUGGGCAUCAAUCGAAGAAAAGAAGCCUUACUGAAGGAGAGAGAGAAAAGGGAGCGGGCGUAUUUACAGGGUGUGGCCGAGGAGAGGGAUUACAUGUCAGACAGUGAAGUGAGCAAUAUAAGAGACACAAGAAUGGAUGGCCAGCAUGGACUGGAGAGGCCCAGAACUGCUCCACAGUCUGAUUAUGAUCAAUUCAUCUCCUCUCAAACCCAGUCUCAACCUCAGUAUGCAACCACUCCACACUACACACAGUACCAGUACUCCUCCUCCACACCCACCCUGCCCCAAUCACAGUUCCAACAGCAGGGGUUAUACCAUCAGCAGGUUUCUCCCUAUCAAACACAGCCUUCAUAUCAAACUGUCCCCACCAACUCAUACCAACAGUCCCCUCCUUCUCAAGGCCAGUCCACAGCUUAUCCACAUUCAUCACAAGUGGGGAUGAUACAACAGAAGCCCAGGCAGACAGCACUUGUUGAACUUGAACCAAAGAUAACCACAAACUAUGAGGUGAUCCAUAAUCAGCCAGUUCUAAUGGCCUCCACUGCAACAGGCACCACAUAUGCAGUUCCUCAUUUGAGUAAUACAUACAGCAAUUUAGACCUUAGAAUAGGGUUGGAUGAAAGAGGAACGUUGGCUAGUAGUCCAAUGUCAAGCAUUUCGGCAGAUUCCUAUUACACAGACAUAGAACACCAUGAACCCAGGAACUACAUUCUGAUUGACGACAUUGGAGAACUCACCAAAGGACCUAGUUCUCUUCCUCCUGGCUUUAACCUUCACAACAUACAAAAAGAAGUAGAGAAGAGUGAGCGUCUACUCCGUGCCAGUGAAGCCCGCAGGGCCACAGAUGUGAAGGAUUUCUUGGGAACAUUGCAGUCCCGGUUACACUCUUAUGGGAAAGCAGAGGAGGAUUCCAUGGAGGAUCCUUACGAGCUGAAGCUUUUGAAACAACAAAUAAAACAGGAGUUCCGCAGAGGUACAGAGGGUUUAGAACAUCUCUCUGGCCUCCCACACUACUAUCAUGGAGACAGCAGCUACCGACAUUUUGCAAAGGCUGAGAAGUACAGCAUCAGCAGACUAACUCUGGAGAAACAAGCUGCGAAACAGCUGCCACCUUCCUUCAUUUACCAGAAGCAGAGCAAGCACAAAAAGCAGUUGUUAGACCCCCAAAUAGCCAAGUUUUUGCCGAUUCAGGAAGCUCGAGAUGUCGAGGCAGAAUACGCCAGUUACAUGGGCAGCACUCCAUCAGUGACAGGGGUUAGUUCCAGGGCAAGACUGAUUCAGGAUGACAUCACGUUUGGUCUGAGGAAGAACAUUCGUGACCAGCAGAAGUUUCUCGGCACAGCAAUCAGAUCGACAUUAGACGAGGAAAUCGACAAGGCGUACACGAGUGGAACGAGAUCCAGGCCCACUUCCGUUUAUGGACUUGAUUUGUCACUUAAAAGGGAUCCUUCCAGUACAUCUUUACAGAUAAAAAGUCAGGAGAAUGAUCCGUUAGAUAUGGCCUUCACACACAGCACUCCUUCUGGCCGGACAAAGCCGUCUAGUUUGCCCAUAAGCCACAGUAGGGGGCGGAUUCCCAUCGUAGCCCAGAACUCUGAGGAGGAGAGUCCUCUCAGCCCGGUUGGACAACCCAUGGGGAUGGCCCGUGCUGCAGCAGGCCCAUUGCCACCAAUCUCAGCUGAUACGAGGGAGCAGUUUGGCUCAAGCCACUCGCUGCCUGAGGUGCAGCAACACAUGAGGGAAGAAUCACGGACCCGUGCGUACGACCGUGACAUAGCCUUCAUUAUGGAUGACUUCCAGCAUGCCAUGUCAGACAGUGAAGGCCUUUGCACAGCACUGAAUCAGUUAACUGAACCCAACCAAACUAAGCUCAUUCCAAUCAAUUCAUACCAUCUUCGUCGGGAAGAAACAGAUUGGUUUGACAAGCCACGGGAAUCUCAUCUUGAAGAUGUACCGGCUGCUCUAAAUCGCAAAGUUCCCGAUAAAUUAACUCAUUCAAGACCAUCUCAAUCACAAUCUGCAGAAAUUAGUGGGAAACCUGUUCAGUACAACUUUCCCCACUCUCGAGUCAAGGUUCAAAGGGAUGUAAAGGACCAGACAAUCUCAGGAAAUGGAUUGGGAAUCAAGAUUAUUGGUGGGAAAGAGAUUCCGGUACAAAGUGGGGAAAUUGGUGCGUACAUUGCCAAGGUGGUUCCAGGAGGAUCUGCAGAGCAAACAGGCAAGCUGACAGAAGGAAUGCAAGUUCUUGAGUGGAAUGGAAUUCCUCUGACUGGUAAAACCUAUGAGGAAGUGCAGUGCAUCAUUGGUGUCCCUGCUCGUGAAGCUGAAAUAUGUGUAAGACUGGGUCUCAACAUGCUUUCUGAUUCAGAGAAACUCCAGCAUUUGGACUUGAAGGACAGAACAAAGGCAGAAAAGCAAAGGUCACCAGGAGUUGACCCAAAGCAAUUGGCAGCAGAGCUACAGAAGGUGUCACAGCAGGCCUCUUGUGUGGUGAGCUCGGCCAUAGAGAAAGGAGCCCACAGCCACUCAGGAACCACAUCAGCUGCAUCGAGUGCUGCCCCAAGUCCCGGGCAGCCCGCCUCCCCUUCAAUAAGCAAAAAGCGACACAGCAGCAAGCCUCUUGAGACAGCAAGCAAGUUACAUCCGAUCACUGGAGAGAUUCAGUUACAAAUGAACUACGACAAGCAAGUUGGAAAUCUCGUUGUUCAUGUUCUACAAGCCCGGGACCUGGCUCCAAGGGACAACAACGGCUAUUCAGACCCAUUUGUUAAAGUUUACCUUCUUCCAGGCAGAGGCCAAGUUAUGGUUGUCCAGAAUGCAAGUGUAGAGAACAAGCACAGAACUAAACCGGUGCAGAAAAGUCUCAACCCAGAGUGGAAUCAAACAGUGAUCUACAAAAACAUCUCAAUGGACCAGCUGAAAAAGAAGACACUGGAAGUGACCGUUUGGGAUUACGAUCGAAUCUCCUCCAAUGACUUCCUUGGUGAAGUGCUGAUUGACUUGGCAAAUGCCCCACAUUUCGAUAACACCUUGCGAUGGUAUCAACUCAAGGAACAAACUGAGAGUAUUGACCAUGUCAGGUCCCACUCUGGUCAGGCCAGCCAGCAACUACCAAAAAGUUCUGUAAUCAAGAGCCGCAGUCAUGGGAUCUUCCCAGACCCAUCCAAGGAGAUGCACGUGGCCACAAUUGAGAAAUCCCAGAGCAGUCCUGCCAGCUCAAAGUCAUCAUCAGAAGGACAUUUGCGUUCUCACGGCCCGUCGCGAAGUCAAAGUAAAAGCAGCGUCACUCAGAGCCACCUGGAAGAUGCUGGAGCCGCCAUUGCUGCCGCAGAAGCAGCAGUGCAUCAGCUCCGAGUCCAGCCAACACAUAAAAGCGGUCAGGCUCAAAAUCACGCCAAGAAGCACAGACACAGCAUUGCAGGCGUCCCAAUACAAAGAACUCAGUCUGACAAUCUACCUUCACCAGCCAUUGAGAACAAAGACCAAAGUCAACUUGCCAUAAAGAAAGUGAUGUCAGAAGGACCACCCAAGGCUGAAGGAGCAAAGUCGACCAAUCACAGAGUCACUGAAUCGUCCAUUUCCACCACCUCGUCUGUGAGUAGUGGCGGCAGUGGCUACAGCGUGGACAGUGAGGGUAGCACGACCACCGGAGAUGGCAGCGUCUUCACCGACACACCAACGUGUAAAAUAAGCCAGGACACUGAGAUCAAAGAGGAAAAGCACAAAGCAUCUGAGCCAUUCACGCAAGCCCUUGGACCAGCAGAGACCAAUGGUAAAACACAAGUGAUGGGAGAGAUCAAAAUUGCCCUGAAGAAGGAAAUGAAAACAGAUGGAGAGCAGCUGUUAGUGGAGAUUCUGCAGUGCAGAAACAUUACCUACAAAUUUAAGUCGCCUGAUCAUUUACCAGACCUGUACGUGAAACUGUACGUCAUAAACAUUUCAACGCAAAAGCGAGUAUUUAAGAAGAAAACUCGUGUCUGCAGACAUGACCGGGAACCAUCAUUUAAUGAGACGUUUCGUUUUAAUCUCAGCCCAGCUGGACACUCACUUCAGAUUUUACUUAUCUCUAAUGGUGGAAAGUUCAUGAGGAAGACACUGAUCGGUGAGGCAUAUAUCUGGCUUGACAAAGUGGAUCUAAGGAAGAGAGUGGUGAACUGGCACAAGCUGCUGGUUAGCUCAACAGAAAGUCAGCGAGCAGUUACAUCUGGGUUUAAUGUGUAAAACUGAGCUGGUCACCAGGUGGAAAGCUGAAAUCUAAGUCUCUGAUGCUGUCUGGCUGUCAUUUAGAGCUUCUAAUAGGGCAAGAAGAUUGUGUCUCAGUGUUUAUACUGUGGCCACCUGAGCAGCCCAAAGUCUAGCUCAGUCCAGUCCAGUCUUAGACAGUUCAAGGUGACAGCAUUUACAAGUAUGAAAUGUGGUUAUAAAACACAAAACUCCCUUAAGUUGUAAAAAUAUGUUUUUUUAAUGCUGAAGACAUUGAGUACAACAGUGAGUUGGGACCAUGCAUUGUAUGGAAUUAUUGGAGGCAAAGGAAAUCUUUGAUUUAAUCUUGAUCCUUAAUGUAUAAAGGGGAGGUUUGCGAUCAGCCGUAAAGGCACAGAAAAUUAAUGUUAUCAUGCCACCUAUUCUACUGUGCAAAAACUCAUCUUUACAUGAAAAUAUCAGUAUUGUCCUGAUAUUCUGUCACAGACACACAAACUUGCAGUAUUUUUGAUAGUGUGAGAAAGUUUCUAUUGUUCCAAAAAUUAUCUCUGAAAUUAAAGUAUUCAGGUUUUUGUUACAUUUCAACAAUAUGAUUGUUGACAGAGCAAGGUACUGGCUGUGAUUCAAAGUAAAAACAUAGGGCAAAUAGAGACAUUUCAAAGCCUCUUUCUAUUGUGGCUGAAUGCUGGUCUUUGAGUAGAUUACUGUAACUCUCUGACUUACUCAGGUGAAGGUCUGUAGAUAUGAAUCACAAGCAAAAAAUAAAUAGGAAUUGAUUUAUUAAUCUGAGGAAGACUGAAUUGUUUUGUCUGGAACUUGGAGGUAAUCAUAAAUCAUUGUUAAUUUUAUAUUUUCCGGGUAGUUUAUGGAAUUAUCUUCCUAACUUUCUUUCCUCAAGAUAUAUAGCAUUUAUUUAAACUAUUUCAUGGUAGAUGUGCAAACAUUGGGGAGAAUAAGUGUUCGGCAUGGACUAGAAGGGCCGAGUUGGCCUGUUUCCGUGCUGUAAUUGUUAUAUUGCUAAAUCUGCAAAAGCAUAAAGUUUGAGUCAUUGAUUAAGUGCCUGGCAUUAUAUUUCAGAGACAAUAGAGAGUGUAAACCUGCCUUGACACGAUCUGGCCCAGAAGAUGCUGGAAGAUCUCGAUUCAUAACUAACAGCACAGUUGUCACAUUAUUCUUCUGCUUGAGGGACUCAAUUACAAAUGACUUGCUAUUGAUUCUUUAGUUAGUGUGAAUGUGGGCACGAUUCAACUAGUUCUGCAGCUAUUAAAGUAUUUAAUGUUUCGUUGAAUUCUAUUGCUGAUUUAUUUCAUAUAAAUAUUUUAUGUUUUAUAAAUACAUUGAAUGUGGACGGAUGGGAUAUGAUGAGCCAAUUAUGGAGGUUAACUGUGCAGUGAAGAGUUUAAAAUAUGCUUCCAAAGUGUGUAUGGUCUGUUCUAUAUAUAAAUGCAGAUAUAUACUGUAGGUAAAAAUAUAUCUAUUAUAUAUUAAAAUAAGAUUUACUCAGUGUGACUGGAGAUACUCUAUGCAAAAUGGACUCUACAAAUUUUGGAUGCAGUUUCUAAACUUAAAUGAAGGAAGGUUGCAACUAAACAUGAGUAAAAGCACAUUGUAUAUGUUUUCUUACAUUGCACUCCAAUGCAGUUACGUGCAGAAUUUACAAUGGAAGAUGUUGUGCGGAUAUUACACAUAAUGCUCAUUGUAAAAAGAGUGGCUCCUAGAUUAAUCAGUUACUGAGGAAUACUGUACAAUACUAAAUUUUGUUCAUACUACACGGGCUUUAUGUCAAAGUAAAAGUAACACUGCAGCAGUAAAAUCUAGGAAAACGUUUUCUCUUACUUGUCACUGCCUCGCUUUCACAUUCCUGUGCAGCUUUGGUUAUAUAUGUAAGAAAUAAUGAAAAUAACAUUGUGUCAUGGGGAACAACUGUUAUUAAUGGCACUUUUUUUACCUGACAUCAUAAUAUAUUCCCAAGGAUUUAUUUUGCUUGCUAAAAGUUUUCAAUCCUUUACAGAAGAAGAAAAAAUAAAUUAAACAUACUGGAUGACAACAAUUUUGUAGCAUGUCAUGUAUCUCAAAUGGCUAAUUACAGUCAUGGCAACAAUGUUUGUUUCUAGGUGUAAAGACAUCACAUUUACUAGAAUAAUGAGAUUAGAUUUCCUAAAGCACCUUUAAAAAUGUGUUUAUUUCAAAAUAAGAAUGCAAACAAUGAUAACCUGAAAUUAACAGCAUGGUUACAUUCUAGUUUUAAUGUACGUUGGAGGAAGACUGAGAUAGAAAUACCUUUACUUAAAAUUGUUGGGCUGAUGCAAGAAACUGUGUUUACAAUCCUGUUAUUUUAUUUUCAUUUUUUAUAAAAUUCAAUUUUUAUUACAUUAAUGUCAAAAACUCUUCUUGAAAUAAUUGCCAGUUAUGUUGGUAAGAAAACUGGAGGAAUGGUAAUUAAAUACCUUGUAAUGGAGCCUGUGUAGACCAGCAGAAAAGGCACUGUUUCUUUCAUCCCAUGUGGUAAUAAUGCUGUUUGAUGUCUGUUUUGGUGAACACUGUAUCCUUUAAACUGUCCCUGAUGAAUGAGUGUCUUAGUUGUCUUAAGUAUGAAUCAAACAUUAGUCCAGUGCAGAUAGUGUUCCCUUUGUACCAUGUAAAUAUGACUUCUUUUCUACAGAAGAUUUUGAACAGUUUUAUUUGGUCUGACAUUCAGCAUGUGAAUGUGCAAUGUUUGUUGUUUAGAGAAAAAAAAUGUUAAAAGACAAAAAAAAACAUUGAAAGAAUCCUCAAAGCUAUUCUGUAUGAUUGUUCUGCAGUGAAGUGCUGAGGUCCUCAGUGAUGGCUGAAUUGCGUAUGUGCUGUCAACCUUUCAGUACUUGUACACCAAACCAAGUGUUUCCUUUUUGAAAAUAAAUCACAUUUGUCCCUGAUUUAAGACAAGUGUUGCCACUUUUGUUACGCGGAUAGAUGUUGCAUGUUUUAUGGUUGGUUCUUGUUUUUUUUGUUGCUUCUACAGAUGUCGAAAUAAAGACCACUAAAUACCGGUAUAAAUAAUGCCUGUAAAUUGUCUGGAAUCACAUUCUAUGUAAAAAUGACAGUGUGCUCCUUGUAUGGUUGUACACAAAGUGCUUCUAUGAACACUGAAUAUAUAAUGUGGUGUAGAAAGGUUGUUACCCUGUCCUAGCUAAUAAAUAUUGGAAAUAAA